CAUAAUGUGCGACGCAUCGAUACUCAGAUGUAGAAGUUCAGCCAUCGUGUACUUUCAUGGUGCCACGAUGCUGUCUAAACUUCUUCUGCUUCUCUGCCUGACAGAACAUGUGUUUGCCAAAGAACCUCCCGAUGUGGACUGUAUUGUGGUGCAUGUGAGCUCUGUUCAAUGUUUCUGGAAUAAGCAGGGGACUCCGGACGUCAAUUACACCAUCAGCAGCUGGUUCAUUAAUGAAGCUCCCAGUGAGUGCGUGACCUAUCUGUCAGACAACAGCACAAACAUUGGAUGUAUCCGUCCCUACAAGAAAAGCCAGAGGUUCAGCUCGUUUUUCACAAAGCUAACAUAUGGCGGCAGCACUUUUCAGACCCUCCAUGAUCUUAAAGCAAAAGUGAAGUUGAAUCCACCAAGCAACCUGUCUGUCCAGAAUGGCUCAGACUCUAACUUGUGGUACUACUGGAAUCAGACCUCUCCAAGCUGUGUGGAGAGUGAGGUCCGCUACAGGAUCAAUAACAAGAAGUGGCAGACAUCUGAAGUCAGUGUUGGGAGGCAGCAAUACUGCAUCAACUUGCCAUCUAGCAAUUCACAGUAUGAACUGCAAGUGAGAAGCAAAAUUGGGAGUGACUGUGGAGAGUCUUUGUUCUGGAGUGACUGGAGUGAGCCUGUGGUGUGGGGAUCCAACAAUGGCACAGACCCUAAUCAACCGGACAAUUCAAUGAUUGUGUGGACCGCAGUGCUGUCUGUCAUGGGUCCCUUUACCCUCAUCCUACUGGUCAUGAUGCUGCUGCACCAUGAAAGGCUCAGAAUUAUCUUCAUCCCUGUGGUUCCAAAGCCAUCGCUGAUCCAUCACGACAUCGAGAAUUGGCUGCAAAUGUCCAAAGGCCUUAAAGAAGGUUUUAAGGCUAGCUACAACGAGCGUGCCUGUCCUGUCCGCGAGUACUGCCACGUCUCCCAGUCUGACAGCGAGAGCUCCAACAGCUCCACCUUCUCUGUCACCACCGACCAAACUGACUGCUCCGUCUUCAUCCCUUCCAACGAGUCAGAAGAGUCUACACCCUGCUCCUCAUCUUCCGAGGAGGAGCAGGUUUCUGUUUAGGAGGCAUCUCAGUAGGGUCAGAU